CUUGCACGAAAUGAACUGAGUUUGACAUGUCAGCUAACUCCACUGUCGAGAAGUGGGUGCUCUUCGAAUCUUAGCUUGGCAGGGACGCGUUACUUUGGAAUUGUCUCACACUUUAAUCCUCUGAAAUGAUACCUAGGAGCCAUGUGCUUCAAGUUUCAUAUCUCUCAGUUUUGGAACUAGGAACGUUUGUUUCUCUUGCCUUAUGAAUAUGAAGCUCCCCCCUCAUCGAUACACCUGUAAAAAAAUGAAGGACCGUCUUGGAUUCAGAUUCGUGCUCUGCUCUGCGGUUUUCAUGAUUCUAACACAGCACAGAGCUCUUGCAAAUUCCCAUGGGGUUAACUCAGAAGAAGAAUGGGAGAUGGUGCAGAGGAAAGGGCAGCAGUUCACCCUAAAUGGACAACCAUUCUACGUGAAUGGCUUCAACACUUACUGGAUGAUGACUCUGGCAGCUGAUAACUCCACGAGAGGCAAAGUGACGGACGUGUUCCAACAAGCCUCGGCAGUUGGUUUAACGGUAGGCAGGACCUGGGCUUUCAACGACGGUCAAUGGAGAGCUCUCCAGAAAUCCCCCUCUGUUUACGAUGAAGAUGUCUUCAAGGCCCUGGACUUCGUGGUGAGCGAGGCCGGAAAGUACAAGAUCAGACUUAUACUCUCACUGGUCAACAACUGGAACGACUAUGGGGGCAAAGCUCAGUACGUUAAAUGGGGCAAUGCCUCUGGUCUUAAUCUCACUUCUGAUGACGACUUCUUCACCAACCCCACCCUGAGAGACUUCUACAAAUCCCAUGUCCGGACGGUGCUUAAUAGAGUGAACACCUUCACAAACAUCACAUACAAGAACGACCCCACAAUCUUCGCCUGGGAACUCAUGAAUGAGCCCCGUUGCCCCUCCGAUCCUUCCGGUGACAAACUCCAGUCUUGGAUACAAGAAAUGGCAGUGUUUGUGAAGAGCUUAGAUGCUAAACAUAUGGUAGAGAUCGGACUCGAAGGCUUCUAUGGUCCCUCUGCUCCAGCUCGAACCAAAUUCAAUCCCAACCCCUACGCUGCACAAGUCGGAACCGACUUCAUCAGAAAUAAUCAAGCUCUUGGCGUCGAUUUUGCUUCGGUUCACGUCUAUCCAGAUGCCUGGAUAUCUCCGGCAGUGUCAGAUACUUUCCUGGAAUUCACUAACUCGUGGAUGCAAGCUCAUGUGGAGGACGCAGAGACGUACUUGGGAAUGCCGGUUCUGUUCACAGAGUUUGGUGUGUCCGCACAUGACCCUGGUUUCAACACGAGUUUCCGUGACAUGAUGUUAAAUACGGUGUACAAGAUGACCCUUAACUCAACAAGGAAAGGAGGGGCAGGUGCGGGAAGCCUGGUGUGGCAGGUCUUCCCUCAGGGAGCAGAGUUCAUGGAUGAUGGCUACGCGGUUUAUCUAACGAGAGCUCACACCGCUUCAAAAAUCAUAUCUCUGCAAUCCAAACGUCUUGCCAUCUUCAACUCCUUGUGCGGCUGGAGAUGCAAGUGGGGAUGCAAGAAAAAGAAUCACACUGCCCUCGAUGCCCUUCUUUCGCACGAGGACGAGCUUUAAACCUUUUGUGAAUCACAGCUACGGUAAUACAAAUAUCAGUGUUUAAUGUGUAUAUAUUUAUAUCACACUGUCCUAGAUGCCGCUUUUUAAGUACUAAAACCUUAUGUGAAUCACAACAACAGCAAAGUGUGCACAAGUGUUGUUUAAUUAUAUAUAGUAUGUCUGUAUAUUGAGGUGA